AUGCCUCGACCGUCACGUGAAUCAUUAGGAGGCCAAAAGCCUCCAUUUUCCUACAUCUCGUUGACCGCAAUGGCAAUCUGGAGUUCACCGGAAAAAAUGCUGUGCCUCAACGAUAUCUACAAAUAUAUUACGGACCGUUUCCCGUAUUACCGGAACAACACGCAGCGCUGGCAAAAUUCACUGCGCCACAAUCUCAGCUUUAACGAUUGCUUCAUCAAAGUUCCCCGACGCCCGGAUCGGCCUGGAAAGGGAGCAUACUGGACACUGCACCCGAAGGCUUUCGAUAUGUUCCAGAAUGGUAGCCUUUUACGCCGUCGCAAACGGUUCAAGCUGCACGACAGUGACAAGGAAAGUUUAAAUGAGGAAUUUAUUGCACUCGCUAACAUGAACAGAUUCUUCAUGUCACAGGGCAACCAGUUCCAUGAUCCCUACUAUUCACCGAUGCCGGAAAAUAUGAACCCAAAUAUGCUGUACGCUCCUAUCUCACCACCGCAAUCACCGCCGGAAGCGAUGCGUGCCGCGAGCCAAUCUCCUGAACAAUCUCCUCCUGCUGGACUGGGUGGAUUCCAGAAUCACGGUGGAAUUAGUACUGCCCACGUUUCUAAACCAAAACGAUCGUUCACCAUCGAAAGUUUGAUCGGUUCGGAUGAUUCGGACAGCAAAGAGGAAUGCUCUUCAUCGGACUCAGAAGACUACACAAUCCCGUCGGUUUCAAAUGCCCCAAAUACUCAGCAUAUCGAGCAGCUACGUGCAUCCAUUCACCUUAGUCAUCAGAUUCAGGUUCAACAACAAGCCGCCUUCAAUGAAUAUGCAGCCGCAGCAGCAGCCGCCGCCCAUCAUCAUCACCAGCAGCAAGUGGCGGCCGCGUCUCUUGUCGCCUCCAAUGGAACCCCGUACGGAAUCCAUCCACUCCUAAUGCCGAUGGCCAAGUUGCCAGGGCCGGCUUAUUUCCUACCCUCAUACCAGACACCGACGGUUCCUUAUCAUAUGCAGCAACCGACGGAACCACAAGCCGCACAUAUGCUGGACCCACGCAACGAUACUGCUAUGGUACUGGGCUAG